ACUUUCCUAAAAAAAAAGGCUCUUUUUCUUCCCCUGUUUAUUCUGUGCCGUCGGAGUGCGAUUCGCAGGAAAUCCAACCAUCUUGAUUUUCUUCAAAUUUCCUUUUCGGCAACAACAUCUGGAUUUUCAAACGCUUUAGGUCUCCGAAUUUGCCGCAUGAUGGACGCAAGAUUCGCGAUUUUUAUGUAUAUGGAAGAACCCUAUACCCCUGAGAUUUGUCGGUCUUUUUGCCUAUAAAUUCACGGUGCUGCGUUUCCUCUUCUUUCGAUCUUGUUGUCUAACACCCUACAUCGUCUUCUUCAAUUCCUCAGUUUUUUAGGGUUUGUUGAUAAUCUGCGUUUUUGAGAGAAACAAUGCUAGUCUACCAGGAUCUCCUCACAGGCGACGAGCUUUUGUCAGACUCAUUUUCUUAUAACGAAAUUGAGAAUGGGAUGCUAUGGGAAGUCCAAGGAAAGUGGGUAGUGCAAGGUGCCCUUAAUGUGGACAUUGGUGCAAAUCCUUCAGCUGAGGGUGCCGAGGAAGACGAGGGUGUGGACGAUCAAGCAAUUAAAGUAGUUGAUAUUGUUGACACUUUUCGGCUGCAGGAACAACCUUCAUUCGACAAAAAGCAAUUUGUCACUUUUAUGAAGCGUUAUAUUAAGAAUUUAACACCAAAAUUGGAGGCAGAGAAGCAGGACUUGUUCAAGAAGCACAUCGAGAGUGCUACCAAGUUCUUGCUUUCAAAAUUAAAUGACUUGCAAUUUUUUGUUGGUGAGAGCAUGCAUGACGAUGGCAGUUUGGUCUUUGCACACUAUAAGGAGGGUGCUACUGAUCCAACCUUCUUAUAUUUUGCCUAUGGAUUGAAGGAGAUCAAGUGCUAAGGAUGAUUUCCUUCAGGCUGAGCAAGACUUUUGCUUCUGCUAUUUAUCGGCAGCUAUUAGUGCAGGAAUUUGACAAUUUUGCCCCUUUUAUGUUGUCUUAGUUUUGUUGCAUUGGCUGGAUUUAAUUAACUAUUCUCCUUGUAUUUGAUUCCAAAUCAUAUAUACUCUUAAAAGUGUCACGCUUAUAGAUUCCUGUUUAUUUGGUUUACAUGUUUUUGCUUCCUU